GUUUAGAUAUAGAAAGAGGGCAGAAUCUGCGAACCCUAAUACCAAGUCAAGAUGAUUGAUCAACAAAUUUCCCUACCUUACACUUCUCUUCCCCUUCCUUCUAUCCCUCACUUCCUCCACAAAUCUUGACAACGAAUAUAUUUUUUCUACACCACCUCUCUUAUAUAUUUCCUAAUUCUAUUCAAAAACUUUCAAAUUUUCCUAACCCUAAUUAAUUCAAUCACCCAUGGACUCCAUCGCCUCUAGUUCCAAUUCCACCCUCCACCACCGCAUCAGGCCAACCCAACCGGUGGCGGAUCGCAUAUUCCGAGCACUCCGCCACCAACUCAAACUCCUCCACCGAACCGAUACAAAUUUCUUCGUCUUAGGCGCUACAGGAAAUGUCUACACCGUCACCUUAUCCACCAAUCCAUCAUGCACAUGCCCUGACCGUACAUCCCCAUGCAAACACAUAUACUUCGUUCUCAUACGCGUACUGGGCGUUUCCGUUCACGACACGUGUCUACGGCGAGGGACUCUCCGGCCAUGUAAGGUUAGCCUAUUAAUCAGCUUGCCCUCAUCGGUGCAUUCGCUAGCCAGUGUGGGGAUCCGCGAAACGUUUCAUCAGCUGUUUUAUAAGGUGAGUGACGGUGGAUUGUUGAGACCGAAUAACAAGAACGUGGAGAUUAAAGAAGGGACUGUUUGUCCGAUUUGUCUCGAUGAGAUUGAGAAAAAUGAUGAAGAGAGAGUGGUUUCGGCUUGCAGAACUUGCAAGAAUGUUGUUCAUGAAGAUUGCUUGAAGAUGUGGAAGAAAACAAGGGGAAGAAAAGGUGGAAAUUGCGUGAUUUGUCGAGCGAGAUGGAGAGAUAAUAGAAGUGAUCAAGAAAGAUAUUUGAAUUUAGCAGCUUAUGUUGGUGAUGAUGUUACUGCUAUGUAUCAUACUGGUAUUGAUGGUAAAUGUCUUUAAUCGUACGUGUAGAGAUAGAGCUGUUAAUUAGGAAGUGAAUUAAUUAAUGACAUUGUGGGAUGAUUUGUAAAUAAAGGAUUAAUAGAUUGUUUAACUUGAUUAUGAUUCAUUACUUGUUCUGUGUUA